CUUCAGAUGACUGAGGUCCGCCAGGCUCCGGGACAGCCUCUCCGCGGACACGAGGUGCUCCUGCUGCUGCAGCCCGUGUCCUCCCGUGAUCAGUCCACUUGCAGAGUUGUAGUCCAUGGGCCCAGCUGGGCCUCAGCAAUGAGUGAACGCCUGCAUAUCUCGCGAUGAAAAGCCCAGAACGCGCGAUAAUUUGAUGCUGCCCGCAAAGUUCCAUUCACCAGCAGCAGCAGCAACAACAGCAGCAGCAGCAGGAACGAUGGCAGCUUUCCGCAGAGUGACUGCCCUGGCUGGGAAACUCAACAUCUGCUCAGUGGCGAGAGCUAAGCUGACUGACGGUCAGACGGCCAGGCCAGUACGGAAACAUCUGUGCGUUGCCGUGGGCAUGUGUCUCGCAACGGGAGGCUCCGUGGCACUUUACUUUUACAAUCAAUUGUGGAGCAACAGAGGUGGAGAGAGACGUAGGCUUCACGGGUUGCUGCCAUCCAUCCCAACCGUCGAGGCCAAAGACAAGACACGUCCGUUUGACUUUGAAGAAGGAGACGUGUACAUGUCGUCCCAUGAGCAUCGCUUCCGAAUGUUCAGCUCCGUUGAAUAUGAAGGACAGCUCUUCAUGACUCCACAGAACUUCAUCGAGUCAGUCACCAUGAAUGAACCGAGAAACAAGAGGCCCUGGAGGUCCCUGACCAAACAGGAGCUGGAGAAGAUCCUGGCUGAAACACCCCCAGUAUGGAGAGGAUCGUCCAAACUGUUUCGCAACCUGAGAGAGCGAGGGAUCAUCUCCUACACAGAGUACCUGUUCCUGCUCUGCAUCCUAACAAAGCCACACGCUGGUUUCAAGAUUGCUUUCAAUAUGUUUGAUGCAGACGGCAACCAGAUGGUGGACAAGAGGGAGUUCAUGGUGCUUCAGGAGAUCUUCCGGAAGAAAAAUGAGAAGAAGGGAAGAAAAGGAGAUGCUGAAAAGUCAGCGCAGCUGAGUAUGCAGCUGUAUGGAUAUCAGGUUGCCCCCAUGAACAGCGUGCUAAAAAAAGACAGUCAAGAGUUUGUGUCAAGGAGUUACUGGGACGUUCUGAGGCGCGGUGCAAGUCAAGUCCUCUUUUCUGACCUGGCAGAGCGAACAGAUGAGACGGUGACAAUUGACACCACCCUGCUGGUUCAUUUCUUUGGCAAGAAGGGAAAGGCUGAGCUCACCUUUGUCGAUUACUACAGAUUUAUGGACAACCUGCAGACCGAGAUGUUAGAAAUUGAAUUUUUGACCUACUCUAAAGGAAUGACUACUAUCAGUGAAGAAGACUUUGCUAAAAUCUUACUCCGCUUCACCAACGUGGACAACAUCAACUCCUACUUGGAGAAUGUCAAGCACUCCAUACCAGAUGAAAAGGGAAUUACCUUUGAUGAGUUCAGAUCCUUCUUCCAGUUUCUCAACAACCUUGAGGACUUUGCGAUUGCCAUGCAGAUGUAUAAUUUUGCUGCUCGAUCUAUCGGACAAGAUGAAUUUGCAAGAGCUGCUUAUGUAGCCACUGGCCUUAAGCUGACUCGCCACCUUGUGAACACAAUCUUUAAGAUUUUUGAUGUUGAUCAUGAUGAUCAGCUCUCCUACAAGGAGUUUAUCGGCAUCAUGAAGGACCGACUGCACAGGGGAGCAAGGGGGUAUAAAACAAUGGCACGAUCUACCUCUUUCAGAUCUUGUCUAAAAAAGGAACUGGCGAGCAGAAGGUAAAGGGCCUGGACGCAGCCUCCUUCUCCGUCUGUUUUCAUUUUGAGGCCGAAGGACACAUUUGCUGCCUCUGACAGAAAACUAAGGAGGAACAGCGCACCAGAGCAGUGAAUACAUCUGCAAGCAUGACUCCACCCUCUAACUGAAUGAUGCUUUGUAAAAACGAAACACAUUUUGUCAUGUUUGUCAUAUAUGUCGCGUGCAGUUUUUUUUAUUACGUAGCAAAAUUACUGUUCAGUGAGAAUACGUGUAUGACAAUGCAGUCGUUGUAGCAAUUUUUAAGUUAUACCAAAUAAUUUCUCUCUCUCUCUCUCUCUCUCUCUGUCACUCUUUAUAUAUAUGUUUUUCACUUUCUUUCUGUCAUAUAUAUACAUACAUAUAUAAAAAAUAUAUAUCCACGUGUACAUAUAAAUUGUGUAUGACUGAUAUGAUCAAUUACAUAUCAGAUUUAUUAUCUAUUGUUUCAACAUGUUCAUCUUAUUUAAAUGAAACCAUGUUUUGUGAUGGUGGUGAUUGAAUCUGAUGAACUGAUUGCAUUUCCAGACUGCAGAAAGAUAAAAUCGGCUAAAUAAAAUGUAUUUAAUUUGAUCUUUUGAACGGACGUUUAAUUAUAGGGUUUUUUUUCCACCAGGACGAGCAAUGAGAUUUUGUUGAUGUCUAAAGUAUUUUUCCUCACUUGGGUCAGCCCGUGGUCUAGUGGUAAGAGCUCGCACUUGUUAUCGGAGAGUUGUGUCUGUGUAUGCACAAUGACAAGGUGAUUCUUCUACUUACUGUCAUGACAGUUUUGUACAUGAUAGUCCUGGCUGCAUCUGAGACAUGUCCAGAAAUAAAUGCCUAUGUUGGAUUAUUUUAAACCACUGUAAUAAACAAUGUCUCCAAGAGGUGUUUUUCUUUACUUUUCAACUUUUACUUUUUAGCCAAUGUUUUGAUCAAAAUGUCUCUGAAACCAUCAGGCGUUUUAAGAUCAUUACUACUUCACUGUCAACAACACUGUGGAAGUAACUAAUUAUGUAAAAUAUUUCAGUAUUGUUGAUUAGCAACA